ACGAAAAUUAUGACGCUUUGCCUCACUACAGUGAUCGUCAAUUUUACCUUUGUCAAGAGCUAUCACAUGUACAGUGCUCCCGUCGAGACUCAAGGAUUCGAUGACAUACAAGAAUAUCCGCUGUGCUGCCGCUAAUUGUCAUCUUUCAUCUCCGUCGGCCCCUGCCUUGUUUUCUUAUUCACUUGAAUCCAGACUGAUAAACCGACCUUCUACUCCACUAGCAUUGGAAAAUAAUGAUUUGUAGCUCCUAUCUCCACCAUGUCUGUGUUUCGACAGAAAACAGCUCAAGAUGCUCGCUAUAAAAGCCUACCGUUUUCUAACCUUUCCUUUGUCAAUUCCUCAUCUCAUUGUCGAAUCAUCCUACUAGCGACCUACAUCUUACACAAUGACUUUCCCCUCUGAUGGAGUGUAUACUAUCCGAAACGUUGGCAGAAACCUCAUGCUCGAUCUGAAGAGCGACAGCACCGCUGAAGGCAAUCAGAUUCAAGGCUUCACCAACAAUGGCACUGUGGCUCAACAGUGGGUGAUCAAGAAACAAAGCGAGCCAGGGUCCGUCAACAAAACUGUCAGCAUUCAGUCCAACAACUGCGGCAACAACGGAAAUGGAUGCUUCGCUACUGCGAAACAUGAUUCAGACGAACCAGUCGUUUAUACCAGGCAGGCGUUUAUCGUCGAUCUUGUUGCAUCCAAGGACAAUGCUUUUACUAUUAGCUUCACGCUCGGGAACAGUAACCUGGUGCUAUCCCUUCCAAGCGCAAGUAACCAUGCAGUGAAACUCGAGAAUCAUGUCAAAGGAACCGGUCACCAGCAUUGGGAAUUUACCCGGGUUUCCAAUCUCCAACCAAUCAGCUAGUUGUCGCCACUAGGUACCACCUUGCAGAGGUGUUCAAGGUUGAACGUUGAGCCGUCGAAAGUGUUCCCGCAAAUAUGUACUACGUCUUCUUGUGUCUACUUCCAUCGUGUAUGUGUACGUUGAUGAAUAUGCUUGUGCAACUCUC